GUGACCAGUUGCUUUUGAGUUGAUACCUAUCAGACACUAAUAUUCUCUAGUGAUACCUUCCUUAUCUUAGCAAAUCAGAGAGAAAAGGUGAGACGAUAUCCCCCCUCAGAAAUAACUGGUUUUAAUAUGCCCAUUCCCCUCCCAUGUCAAUGUCAUGGAUUUAUAUGGAGCAUAUUUUGCCUUCAAACUUUUAAUGGGGCUUUAUGAGCAGCAUUUUUGUUGGUUGUUGGUUGUUUUACUUUUGAACUCAAGUAAGUCAAACUUAACAAAUACGGGUCUGGCCCAUAAGCAGUGAAGUGUAUAAACCACUGCAAAUCAUGCAAUGAAGGCAGCAGUCCACGUUUACACUCCAGAGAUUACAGCAGCAAAGGGAUGGUUCAGGAAGUUACUGCUUCCUUCCUUAAAGUAGGUAGAAGGUUACAAAUUAAUCUCAAAGGAGUUUGUAAGUCUCUCAAAGAGUUAAUGAGUAGGUUAAAACUGCCUGCUUCUCUUAUUUGUCUAAAGGCCAGUUGGUCAUGUAACCUAUAAAGUACCCAUACAUGAAGAUGAGUACAGCAGAGAGAGCCAGCAAACAAGCAGCAGACAGCAACAAAGUGCUGUGUCUUCUGCUAAAGAUGCCAAAACAUCUUUUUACUUUCCUUCGUCUUUUUAUGCUCUUACUUAGUUUCUCCACUAUUUGCCUGGGAGUACUUUGCAUGUCCACGAAUUCCUCCAUGUGCAGAUGUGGGAACAACAAGCUAGUGUUUUAUUGCCUGUUAGCUCUGGGGCUCUGUCUCCUUGUUACUGGCAUUUUCUGGAGCACCUUCCAUGAAGCUCUGAAAUACAGGGCCCUUGGCAUCUUCAUUCGAAAUCCCAGCCACAGAGAACUGCAUGUCUGCACCAUAGACAGGCCUGACUUCUAUCCUCCCUCUUAUGAAGACAGCAUAGAUCCUGAAAAACUGGUUUCCUCACUGUCAGUUGCCUCCACACUAAAACAGCAAGAAUUCAUCAAUAUUCCUCCACCUCCAUAUAGUGAAAGCAGUGCAGAAUUUAUCAGUGAAACAAAUGAGCAGGAACAGCCACCACCAUACACAUUAUCUGUGGAGCAGCAGCAAACAGCUGACCAAGACCCAAACCACAGAGGGGGGUUAAAUUCUCAUAUAUCCAUGCAAGAAAUCAGUUGCCAACAGGAUACAGACUUCCAGAGGACCUCAGGAAGAGCAACACCUGUCAAAACAUGAGACAUGCAGCCAGCAAAAUUCUGCAUCUGUGAAGCAGGGAAAACUGGAAGAAGGCUUGUGCCAUUGAUCCCUAACAGUAUGCUAAUUAGGGUGAAAUUGCACAGGAAAAGCAUUGAUCAUUUGUGACUUGGAGUGGAGUUGGAGGGGAUAUGUAAAAGUGCUCAGUAUUUCAAAUUAGAAUAAAUCUCCACAGAGACAGAAAUGCUCAGGCUGUCUAGUAGAAGUCACCAUCUCUGGCAAUGGGAGUUUUUUUAUGCUGCUAGAUAAAUGAAGCAUCAAGGCAUUAUCAGUCUUGACUUGUGCUUCAUAAGGAGUUUCAGAUGAAAGCUGUCAAUUUUUGUUUUGAGACAUUAACUAACUUGGGAAACCUAUUAACUCAGCUUUUGUCUGAAAUUUGCAAAUUAUUUGUUGCACCUGAUUAUUUUUGUAUUGUAUGCCUUUCAAGUUAUUUGUUUUAUGUGGUGGUAAAAACGACCGCUAUUUUACUAGUCGAUUUGUGAAUAAAUUUUGUAUUUAAAACAAAUGUCUUGUAUUUGCUUAUAUAAUACAAGGUGCCCAUGAUUCAGGAUAAGGGUGCAAUAAAAUACACCACCUAGCUGCCAAACAGAGAGCUCUGGUUAUACUUACAUCUCCUCAGAGGGAACUAUCAAUUGCAGCAGGAAAAAUUGUCUCUGACUCCUCUGAGCCAAUUCUAAGAGCAGUUGCUUCUGUCACAGCUUACUCAAGACUGUGGGAACUGAAAAACCCUGUACCCUGUUUCUGACACAAGCGGCUUCAUAAUUAUACAACAAACACCAGAAAAAGGGCAGGCUUGGAUUCAUCAUUCUUCUGUUACAUGUAUCCUUCCUCCUAUAAAAUCACUGAGGCAAUUUUGCAUCCAGGCCAUUGUCAUUUAUAAUCCCAGGUGACAAGAAAAAUUUCAUGAGAGUUCACUCAGAUUUGAACUUGUAACGUUUACUUCAGACAGAAUUUUUCAUGUUGUGUUGGAAGUUUUGGAUUGGACAAGGUCAUUUAGUCCAAGCCCCUGCAAUAAGCAGGUACAUCUUCAAUUAUAUCAGAUUGAUCAGAGCACUGUCCAACCUGACCUUGAAUUUUUCCAGGAGCAUGUAUCAACCUGUUCCUGCUUUUGCUACAGACCAGUGAGACAGAAAAGCUGUCACUCUUUCC